GGCUUUUGAUGGCUAUGGAGGAGGGAGAAUCGUCAGGAAUCGAGGAGGAUGCGACGCCCGGCGAGCUGUAUGAUCCGCUGAUCGACGAUCACGACGAGAAAUGGGCCACGGCGCAGCGGCAGGGGCGGAAGUCCGACGCGAUUCUCAGCUGCCCGGCUUGCUUCACGACGCUAUGCCUGGAUUGCCAGAGGCACGAAAUCUACGUGACGCAGUACCGCGCGAUGUUCGUGAGGAACUGCCGGGUGUGCGAGGACGAAUUCGUGGAGGAAUCCCGCGGCGAUCGCAGGAAGAGCCAGAGGAAGAGGAAGCGCGAACCGUUAUCAUCGAUCGCUACUCCCGCCGCUGCCGCUCCGACCCUGCGACGCGUGCGAUGCGCUGUUUGCAGUGUGGAAGUCGGGGCGAUCGACAGCGACGAGGUAUACCAUUUCUUUAAUGCGCUGCCCAGCUACUCGUAAGAACCCUAAAAGAGAGUGGGGGGCGUAAAGGUCGUCCCGGCGGACUUUCCAAGCCGGAAGGUCCAGCGUGCGCAAUUGUGGCACGGAAACCACCGGGGCCGGCUGACCAUUCCAGCUCGGAAUGUCCGCCGUUAGCUAUGUGUAUGUAUGUGUACAUGAUGAUGAUGAUGAUGAUGUACCAAGGGCACCCCAUUUCGCCGUGA